AGCCACCUCUCCCAUGUGGCAAGCCUGCAAAGAGCCGUCUCGCAAAGACUGGGCUUUAUUAAGGAAGAAGAGCCUCGGCCGGACCACCAGCCAACUCGUGAGCGACCAGGGCUCACGAGUCGGAAUUUUUCCACUCAUGCUUCAAGCACAGGCCCUACAGAGCUCUCUGCCGCGGCUAAUGGCAAGGAAUCAAUGGAUCAUCUCAUCGCAACGUACCUGACUCGGGAAUAUGUCAACAUGCCGAUUUUCCAGCUCUCCGAGUUUCGAACUAGUUGUGAGGAUGUCGCGGAAACUGAAUCUUUUCGGACUGGAUCGACGGCGUUCCAUGGAGUCUUAAAUUUGGUCAUCAGCCUGGCCUGUAUGAACACAAACCGCGCAAGCGCAGUCUUAGGGUCCGACUUUUAUGCCCGUGGACAAGCGACUGUGAGUUCCGUCAGUAGCCUCGAGGAGCCGCUGGUGCUUAUCCAGUCUUUUCUUCUACAAAGCCAAUACCUCAAUGCAGUGGGGAAUCCCAGACUUGCAUGGGCGACCGUUGGCGUUGCCAUCCGUACGGCCCAGUCAUUAGGCCUGAACUUGAAAUCAAACGGUCACGACCAGGGGAGUCGACAACGCAGGGAGCUUGCUCGGAGACUCUGGCACAGCGCCGCCAUGAUGGAGAGCAUUCUCGCGCUUCAGGUUGGAAUCCCUCCUCAAACACCACACGUCUUUCAGGUACCCCUGCCAUCUCAUUCCGAUUCGGAUUACUUAGACGCCGUCCUGCCAGAGACAUCGCUGAGCUCUGAUGAACCUGCAGAGAGACCUUCCAUGGUAGAGUUCCUUGCCGCCUGCGCCCGACUAUACAGCCACGUCGGGGACAUCAUGUCAAUUGAGGACGAAUUCCGGGUCAGCGAUGGCGGCUGCUCGAUGAAGAAGCUACUCUCUUCAGACAUGAAGCUCUUCCUCAAGGUUGACGCUCUGUCACAUGAUUGGAAGUCCUCCUUGCCCUCAUUCUUGCAGGAACAAGAUCCUGGACCGUAUGGUCCCAUCGCGCUCCGUCAGCGGACCUUACUGCAGGUUCGGUUUUACUACCUCCGAAUCCGCCUAUACCGGCCGCUGCUGACCCUGGCUCUGGCCAUCACGGUCCGAUGCAACUGCAGCAGGGCUGGACACCGACCGCACCUGGAUCAAGCGGAGUUCGCCUCGCCGGAGCUACCGAUGGUGUAUGGGAUUUCACGCGACGCCUCGAUCAAAUGCAUUUCGGCGGCCGUGAAACUGGUGAAUCUUCUACAUUGGCACGAUUUGCCCCCGCAGGAGGAGGAUUCCUCGAACCCCGGGUACUGGGAAAGCGUGAAUUACCUGCAUGCAUGCGGGGUUGUACUGAUCGGCGCGCGCAUGUCCCCUUUUAUCGGACAGGCGCAGGGCAGGGGAUGCGUAUCGCCCACCGAUCUAGAAGCCAGCUGGCACAAGGUGCUCGAGCUACUCGAAUACUACGCCGGAGUGUGUAGAGCCAAGGGCGAGCGCCUGCCGAACACUGCGCAGCUGUGUUUGCGAAGUCUGAACAUCUUCUCGGAUGCGGUCGGACAGGGCCGAGCGGAGGGCAUCGGGCUCGGGAUCAGGCCCGAUCAAGUAGAAGAUUGCGAUGAUGAGUCGGGCCGGUCCUCGGAUGUACAGUCUGUCCCGGAGCGGAGCAGGAGACCUAAUAGCUGGAGUUGGAUGGAGAGUCUUCCCAUUGACCUAGUGGAUUGA